CAGGAAGUGUCACACCGGGCACCGUGAAUUUUGGAAGACAUCUGAAAACACUCCUAUUAUCUGUACUACCCCAUAAUAAUGAGUCUAUGAGUGACAGAUAUAGUAUACAGUGAAGAUGUGUGAGUAUGAACCCGUCGCGCUGGUUAUAGACAACGGUUCCGGUACCUGUAAGGUCGGCUUCGCGGGAGACCCCGUGCCACUGUCAGUCUUCCCGUCUGUUGUGGGGAGGCCAAGAGGUCUGACUCUUAAAGAUCAGAAGGUAAAUAAAAACAACUACGUCGUCGGUGACGAAGCAAUACAGAAAAGGGGUGUCCUUGCAGUGAAGUACCCCGUCGAACACGGCAUUAUAACCAACUGGGACGACAUGGAGAAGCUCUGGCACCACACCUUCUACAACGAGCUCAGUGUGGACCCUGAGGAACAUCCAGUCCUGUUGUCGGAAGCGCCUAUGAACCCUAGAGCCAACAGGGAGAAGAUAACAGAGAUCAUGUUCGAGACGUUCAUAGUUCCCGCCAUGUACCUCCAAAGUCAGCCUGUCCUGUCCCUGUACGCCUGUGGCCGCACCACGGGAGUCGUGAUAGACUCCGGGGACGGUGUGACCCACACCGUGCCGAUCUACGAGGGGUACGUCCUCCCGCACGCCGUGUUCCAUCUGGACCUGGCCGGGAGGAACCUCACAGACUACCUGAUGAAGAUCCUGACAGAGCGGGGCUACACCUUCGUGACAACAGGUGACCGGGACAUCGUUCGUGACAUUAAGGAGAAGUUGUGCUACGUCGCCCUGGACUUUGAGCAGGAGAUGGCCACGGCCGCCUCCAGUUCUACUCUGGAGAAGAGUUACGAGCUGCCGGACGGACAGGUCAUCACCAUCGGUAACGAGAGGUUCCGCUGCCCAGAGGCACUGUUUCAACCAGGUUUAAUAGGUAUGGAAAUGCCAGGCGUCCACGAACUCGCAUUUAAGACAAUCAAAAGAGUUGACGUGGACAUUACGCGAGAUAUCGCCAACACCGUGCUGUCCGGUGGCAAUACCAUGUUCCCCGGCAUCGCCGACCGUAUGCAGAAGGAGAUCACCGCCCUGGCACCCAGCACCAUGAAGAUCAACGUCAUCGCUCCUCCCGAGAGGAAGCUCGCGGCCUGGCAAGGUGGCUCCACCCUAGCGGCCCUGUCUACAUUCCAAGAGAUGUGGAUCAGUAAGGAAGAAUACGAUGAGACUGGUCCGACUAUGGUACAUCGUAAAUGUUUUUAGGCCCUACAGACUUUUAUAUUCUGUUCCAAACGAGGAAUAUGCGGCUCCAGCGUCUUUUCUGAAGUGUGCGCUGUUGGUUUGAGGUUGUCCUUUCCCAUGCACUCUACAGACUUUUAUAUUCUGUUACGAUACAAUUUGUAGCGUACAAAUAGUGUAAAUCGCGUAUAGUUGUAUAUAGUGGUAUGUGUAUAGUAAAAACGUUUUUCAUUUACUUCCUGAACAGAAAAUCGAUGUGGUUUUUAGACUUUUUACAGGUUUGGUUGUAUAUACUUAUUGUGGCAAAGGUACGUAUUUUUCUACUAUUAGACUACAUCAUGAAUACACCGCUCUAUGAAAUGUAUCAUAUACGUAAAGGAAACGAAUAAACCUUGAUGAUACAAAUAAA